GUGGACGCGUGAAUGAUCUUCCAUCCAGGAUGGAGCCCGGCAGACCCCAGGGGCGCGCUGAGUGCUCUCCGCGCCGGGAGGGGUGUGGGCCACCCUUGGAUUCUUACGCACCUAAUCCCGCGCUGGCAGGGACGGAUAGUGCCCAAUCAACAGCAAGUGGGAACUUGAGAUCGCAAAAGGGAGAGAAUUUGGAUUCCCAGUCCUGGGUCAGAGAGAAAGUGCUCUUUCUUCUGCACCCGGAGAGGUGGUUGGGAACACAGGCAGACUCUGCUUGCACAGGGCUGGUGGAGAACCUUCCCCCGACGAUUGGAGACCACCGCGAUCCCGAACCGAAACCGGAGCUUUCCCGCAGGCGCAUUGCCAGGGCCCCGGGGACCCAGCCCGAGGACCCCGAAACCACACCCAGGUCCCUGUUGGUGCGGGUCGUGGAUUACCAGGUGACACAGGAGGUGCUGUGGACCGCAUGGACCAAGGGGAGUAUGACCACGAGGACUGAGGAGCGUUCUGUGACCGCAGUCACCUUUCGGACACAGAGGGAGUGACACAGCUUGUGGGGCACCGGAGCCCCAGCCAAACCCCUAUGCCCCAAGGACCUGAUGCUCGAAGGAAAUUAAACACACAGAUCUCUGGAGUCUGAGAAAUGUUCCAGGACAGUG